AUGAGCCCCAAGUUCAUGCCAAGCUCAUGUUGGAUGCUGUCGUUUAGCUUCAUGUUGUCGACAGGGCAAUCAGACUCCGUGAAGCCAUCCAUUCCUUGCCAGGACGUGCAUACACGUUCACCCCAACGUCUUCGCACAGGGUGGCCCUGGGCUCGGCCAAGCCGUGAAUCGGAACGCUGGCUAGUGCCCGUCGCGAGCAAGUUUGUCGAUUCUGUCGAUGUUUUCUCUCAAAGUGCCGCUUCCAAGACAUUGGACGAUGAGGAUUCAUGCGAGUUGCUGAGACGGCCGACGACCAGACGAUCCAACGAUGAUCCGUGGCGUCAUGAACAAUUGGGGCCGCUGCUCGAAAUCUCUGUUGCAAUUCCACCUGCUUCAAAGGGCAGAGGCUCACCCCCUAUGUAUUUCGGGGCUCUUGGUUUGAAGCAAAAGGGAGAGAACGUCGCAUGGGACGCCCUGAUGGAAAGCAGGAGCACUGGCCCACAAGGCUGGGCCGGCCAACCUCCACGUAUUUACUCGGCCGAGUAA